GUCUCUUCACACUCCUGGUUGAAGAUUUUGGGGUCAAGGGAGUGCAGGUUGAGGAGAUUUAUGAUCUGCAGAGCAAAUGCCAAGGCCCUGUGUAUGGGUUCAUCUUCCUGUUCAAGUGGAUUGAGGAGCGCAGGUCACGGCGGAAGGUCUCCACCCUGGUGGAUGAGACAUCAGUGAUCGAUGAUGACAUCGUUAAUAACAUGUUCUUUGCUCACCAGCUGAUCCCAAAUUCCUGUGCCACCCAUGCCCUGCUGAGUGUCCUCCUGAACUGCAACAAUGUCGACCUGGGCCCCACGCUGAGCCGCAUGAAGGAUUUCACCAAAGGUUUUAGCCCUGAGAGCAAAGGCUAUGCCAUCGGCAACGCCCCGGAGCUGGCCAAGGCCCACAACAGCCAUGCCAGGCCGGAGCCACGGCACUUGCCGGAGAAGCAGAAUGGAAUCAGUGCUGUGCGAACCAUGGAGGCUUUUCACUUUGUUAGUUAUGUCCCCAUCAAGGGACGGCUGUUUGAGCUGGAUGGGCUGAAGGUCUAUCCCAUUGACCACGGUCCAUGGGCUGAUGACGAGGAAUGGACAGACAAAGCCAGGAGAGUAAUCAUGGAACGCAUCGGCCUGGCCACUGCAGGGGAGCCCUACCAUGACAUCCGCUUCAACCUGAUGGCCGUGGUGCCUGAUCGGAGGAUGAAGUAUGAGUCCAAACUGCACAUCCUGAAGAUGAACCGCCAGACUGUGCUGGAGGCCUUGCAGCAGCUUAUCCGAGUAACUCAGCCUGAGCUGAUCCAGACCCAGAAAUCUCAGGACUCUCAGCCUCCUGAAGAGGUGAAGCCAGCCAGCAGCAAGACUGUGACCCUAGAGAGCACCCAUCCAGAUGGCACCGAUGAGCCUGCCAGCCAGGGCCACCCCACGGCCAUGCAGAGCCCACCCAACAAAUCCAAACCAAUGGCAAAGGCGUCAGCAAGCAGCAUCAAUGGGGCACCUCCAGGAAACCCCAACCCCAUCGUGCAGAGGUUGCCAGCCUUCCUGGACAACCACAACUACGCCAAGUCCCCCAUGCAGGAGGAGGAGGACCUUGCAGCAGGAGUGGGUCGCAGCCGGGUCCCAGUCCGACAGCACCAGCAGUACUCAGAGGAUGAGGAUGACUACGAUGAUGACGACGAGGAGGAAGUUCGUAACACCAACUCAGCCAUCAGGUACAAAAGGAAAGGGCAGGUGAAGCAGGAGCAUGUGGCAGGGGCUGUGGAUGGCCAGCUCUCCGUCCUCCAGCCCAACACCAUCAACGUCCUGGCUGAGAAACUGAAAGAGUCUCAAAAGGAUCUUUCCAUUCCCCUGUCCAUCAAGACGAGCACCUCUCCCACCCCCAGCAACGAGAGCACAGACACAGCCUCUGAGAUUGGCAGCGCCUUCAACUCCCCGCUGCGCUCCCCCAUCCGCUCAGCCAACCCCACGCGCCCCUCCAGCCCCGUCACCUCCCACAUCUCCAAGGUGCUCUUUGGCGAGGAGGACGGGCUGCUGCGGGUCGACUGCAUGCGCUACAACCGCGCCGUCAGGGACCUGGCGCCUGUCAUCAGCACUGGGCUGCUGCACCUCACGGAGGAUGGUGUGUUCUGCCCGCUGGCUGUCACAGAUGGGGGGAAAAGCUCCCCACCUUCCAUCAAACCUGGCGAAGAGGCCCCAGUCGCAAUCAAACUGGACGAGAAGGAGGGCAGUGAGGCCAGUGACAGCAAAGAGAAGGUGGGACUUGGCAGGACCAGUGAUCACCCUGGGGGGGAAAAGUAUUCUCCCAAGGAGCUGCUGGCACUGCUGAAGUGCGUGGAGGCAGAGAUUGCAAACUAUGAGGCCUGCCUGAAGGAAGAGGUGGAAAAGAGGAAGAAGUUCAAGAUUGAUGACCAGAGGAGAACCCACAACUAUGAUGAGUUCAUCUGUACCUUCAUCUCCAUGCUAGCCCAGGAAGGCAUGCUGGCAAGCCUGGUGGAGCAGAACAUCUCCGUGCGCCGGCGGCAGGGUCACAAGCAAAGGAAGCCGGACCGACGGAAACGCUCCCGCCCCUAUAAAGCCAAGCGCCAGUAG